AUGGGUAAUAUUAUUUAUUCACCAAACGAACGAAUUCGUCGUGAUAUUCAACAAACAUCUCAAUCUAUAAGAAGAACAACAUCAGCUGGCCAUUUUGAAACUCAAUAUCGAGCUCCCGUCGUUCAAGAAACGCAAGCAGAAUUUCUCACACGAUACCACAAUACUAUUGAUUACAUGUGUCGCCAUAAUCUAGUAACAUGGGAUAAACGUUUAAAAUUGAUAAAACUUCAUUUUGCAGAUCAAACAUUACUCCUACCGAUUGAUCAUCUACGUUCGAUUCUUGAUCCUCGUAUUAUGGC